AUGGGUGAUGAUAAAAAUGGAGAUCUAAGUGAAGUGAGUGAUUACUCAUCGGAAGAUGAAGGGACUGAGGAUUACAGAAGAGGAGGGUACCAUGCGGUGCGUAUCGGUGACACUUUUAGGAAUGGUUGCUAUGUGGUUCAAAGCAAGCUUGGCUGGGGUCAUUUCUCCACCGUUUGGCUCGCUUGGGAUACUCAAAGAUCGCGUUAUGUAGCUUUGAAGAUUCAAAAGAGUGCUCAGCACUACACUGAGGCAGCAAUGGAUGAGAUAAAGAUCCUCAAACAGAUAGCUGAGGGAGAUCCAGAUGAUAAAAAGUGUGUUGUUAAGCUCUUGGAUCAUUUUAAGCAUUCAGGGCCUAACGGGCAGCAUAUGUGUAUGGUUUUUGAGUACUUGGGGGAUAACCUUUUGACCCUUAUCAAGUAUAGUGAUUAUCGAGGAGUUCCUCUUCACAUGGUUAAAGAGAUUUCUUGUCAAAUCCUAGUGGGUCUCGAUUAUUUGCACCGUGAACUUUCAAUCAUUCAUACUGAUUUGAAGCCAGAGAAUGUGUUGCUACUGUCAAUGAUUGAUCCAUCGAGAGAUCCUACCAAAACCGGUGCUUCUCUAGUCCUUCCAACUAGAAAGGAUAAGGUUGUCUCAGAGACUGUUGCUUCAAAAGAAAUUAAGAGUUUAAAUGGAGAUUUGACCAGGAAUCAGAAAAAGAAGAUUCGGAAGAAGGCUAAGAAAGCAGCUCAAGGUUGUGUAGGAAAGGAAGCUUCUGAGGAGAAUAAGACUGAUUCCAAGACUGGUGAUAUAGAAGACACUAAUGCUGAUGCAAAAUCAAAUGAAGUUUCUGGUGAAGAGCAGGCAAAUAGUUCUGUGGUUAAAGAUGAGACAAAAAGUGAUGGAAUUAACAAUGGUAACCAAGGAAAGGAGCGCCAUAGAAGGGGGAGUCGUGCAACAAGGGAAAAACUGUUAGCAGAAGUUGAUCCUAAGUGUAAAUUGGUUGAUUUUGGUAAUGCUUGUUGGACGUAUAAACAAUUUACAAAUGAUAUUCAGACCAGGCAGUAUAGAUGUCCUGAGGUUAUCCUUGGAUCCAAAUACUCAACAUCAGCAGACUUAUGGUCUUUUGCUUGUAUUUGUUUUGAGCUGGCUGCUGGUGAUGUUCUUUUUGAUCCUCACAGUGGUGAAAACUAUAACCGAGAUGAGGAUCACUUGGCAUUGAUGAUGGAGCUUCUUGGAAUGAUGCCACGCAAGAUUGCAUUAGGUGGGCGCUAUUCCCGGGAUUUCUUCAACAGAUAUGGAGACUUGAGGCAUAUCCGUCGGUUACGUUUUUGGCCUCUUAAUAAGGUGCUUAUGGAGAAGUAUGAUUUCAGUGAGCAAGAUGCUAAAGACAUGGCCGACUUCCUCAUUCCAAUACUUGAUUUUGUCCCUGAAAAGAGACCCACGGCAGCUCAAUGCCUCAGCCAUCCAUGGAUCAGUGCGGGUCCUCGGCUGCUUGAACCUUCCAUAACUGCUCCUGAGCAGCACACAGAUAAUAAUACAUCUGAAAAGGAAAGGAAAGAGAAGGAUGACAGGGAAGCCAUGGAGGCUGGAGUAGGUAACAUAGCAAUUGAUGGAGGAGCUUGAAAACCAUUGAAAGAAACACUGCCAAAGAUGAUUUCUUCUUGUCAAAUUCUUUCUUCCUCACUUGCAUUACCUUGCCAAAUGGUUGCUUCCAUUGUUCACGGCGAUUCUUUGCGAGUAACAUUGCUUUUCCUCGUUUGUAUGACAUCUAAUACUAUACCAUUUCAAGGGGAUCCUGCCUUUUACGUGUUAGGUCUGGUUUUGAAAGAACCUUCUCGAGUAUGUGCUCAAAUAUCAGGGUGCAUGUCGCAAGCAAAAGGCUCUCUAUGGCGGAUGGAUCUAAUGUUUUUCCCCUUCCAUGUACAAUCCACAUUGUUUCACUAAAGGAUUAGUGCAUCGACCUUCUAGAUCCAGUUGUCUUUAUGAGAUGCAAUCUGUUUGUAUACAUUUGGAUGGAAAUGUUUCUUGCUAUUUUAUUUCUCUAACAUUCAAAAAGGAGCUUAUGGUUGUAGGACAAAGUUCUUUGGUUCAUGGUAGGUUAGCUUGAUAUGUUAUAGCUGGAAAACAGGGUUAAAUCACAAAGCUAGUGCUAAAUAUGCUACUUCCAAUUGCAUACAGGCUGGGGGAAAAACUAGUCAAAUUUUACACUUUGGUAAAAAAUAAAAAACAAAAGACAAAAAAAUCUAAUUUGAUGAUUUAAUAUAAAAAUGAAAUGUUAUA